CGAUUUUUCUCCGAUUUGACAGUUCCAUCUAUGUUUUCAAUGUUUUGAGAAAGCCCCUAGCGCUAGCCACAACAAAGUAAACAAAAAAUGGCUUUAGACUUUUCUGCUACGUAUAAGCUUUUAGUUUUAGGAGAUUCUAACGUAGGAAAAACAUGUAUCGUGCACAGAUAUUGCGACGAAAGAUAUUACGAUAUUUACAUAUCCACUAUAGGCAUAGAUUUUAAACAGAAGAUCAUUAACCUUGAUGGUGUACCAAUAAAGCUUCAAAUAUGGGACACAGCUGGACAAGAGAGGUUUCGAACCCUAACUACAGCUUAUUACAGAGGAGCGAUGGGGAUUAUUUUGAUGUAUGACAUCACCAACCUUGAAUCUUUUAACCACCUCUCCUACUGGCUAAGGAACAUUCAAGAGUACGCUUCCCCGGAUGUAAUCAAAGUUCUUGUUGGUAACAAAUGCGAUGUCCACGAAAAUCAUAGAGCAGUUCCCAAAGAGAGAGGACAAAAGAUAGCCGAUGACUUCGAUAUGCCCUUCUUCGAGGUAUCUUGUAAGAGCAAUAUUAAUAUAGAGGAAGCAUUUCUGACGCUAGCCAGGAAAAUUAGGGAAUAUAGAGAGACUAAAGCGGAUGCUUUCGAGCUUAAGGAGAGGGAUAGUGUGAUAAAGCCUUCAGAAUCUGAAACAGACGUGUCAAAAUGUAGCUGUUAGCUGACUUCAAAUAUCUCUAACAAUGAAACGAUAAUAAAUAAUCACAACGGAUUUAAUAAUUAAAAGUAGAUAUUCAUACAAAAUUAGCAAUGUUACGAUUUUGUUUAUAAUUACUACAAAUAUAUAAGAAAAAGGAUUUUUACCUACUAACGGCGAGUCAGUUACCAUUUUAUAGGUGUUAUAGGACUGUAUUUAUUACUGGUCAGGUUUAGUGCUGUCAUUACGUAAAUAGCCAGACCAAAAAUUAAACUUUUGGGUUAAAUCGAGUUAUUCAACCGUGGACACACAAAACAUUUACCCUAACUCCUACCAGAGCCAAGACACAGCUGAAAUAAAAUCUUUUAUUUAUUUUACACCUUACAUUAAAUAUUAAUCUAAGUGUUACACCAUUUUUCAGUAAAAUGUUAGAUGUUAGGUCUGACAAAAGACGAACAGGAUCCACGGCUUUACAAAUAAAAUACUUAAAAAAUAAUUCGUAGUUCAAAAAUAUUAUAACAAAAAAUACAAUAGUUGGAUCCUGAGGUAGGAUAGGAUCAAUCUGGAACUUUGCUGUUGAUCGGAGUUUAAAAGGUAGCUAUGAUUGAGAAAAUCGGGAAGUUGUAUGAGCAAAAUUAAUAAAAGUAGAAAUCAAAAUUGAUGCUUAGAUUAAAUCAAAUCUAACUCUUAGGACGUUUAGAGUAUGCCGAACAAUCGCAUUUUAGAGUUUAUGCCACAGUUGAAAUAUAAAAUUUUGUGCUUCAUGCGUUAUCUGUGUGCUACGAGUAUAUAGCGUGUAACAACUGUCGCAAUUUCCGAAUGCACCGCAUUAUUAAUGUCGAUAAGACAAACGUAUUAGACUUUUAUACCUUCUAAUGUGUGAAGUUUCAUUUUACUAAAUGGCCAUAUAUUAAGUAAGAGUGUUAAUUUGGUUUACCUUGAUUUAUUUUGAAGGUAUUUUUUUACACCAACUUAGAACAGUCAGGAGAGCCACCACCGCCAA